GUCAGACAGCAAUGUGGUCUCUCUCUCUCUCUCUCUUCCAUCAUAGAAAAUCCAAGGGGUUUUCGGCUACUCCGAAAAUCUGGACCCGUAUAAUCCAAUAUGGGUUUCGUGAAAGUGAUCAAAAACAAAGCCUAUUUCAAGAGAUUUCAGGUCAAAUUCAAGAGGCGACGUCAGGGCAAAACCGACUACUUUGCUCGUAAGCGACUCAUAACCCAGGACAAGAACAAAUACAAUACUCCCAAGUAUCGUUUGGUUGUCAGAUUUACCAACAAGGAUAUAACUUGCCAGAUUGCUUAUGCCAGGAUAGAAGGAGAUGUGAUCCUUGCCGCAGCAUAUUCUCAUGAGCUGCCUCGUUAUGGCCUCAAGGUUGGACUUACCAAUUAUGCUGCAUCUUACUGCACUGGCUUGCUCCUUGCUCGUCGUCUGUUAACUAAGCUCAAGCUACAUGAGAUCUACUCUGGUAGUGAAGAAGUUACUGGGGAUGAAUAUUGUGUUGAGAGUGUGGAUGGCUCUCCUGGUGCUUUCCGUUGCUUCCUGGAUAUAGGCCUGGCUCGUACCACCACUGGCGCUAGAAUCUUUGGAUGUCUGAAGGGUGCUGUGGAUGGUGGGCUGGAUAUCCCUCACAGCAUGAAGCGUUUCCCAGGCUAUGACUCUGAAUCUAAGGAGUUUAAUGCCGAGGUUCAUCGCAAGCACAUCUUUGGUCAACAUGUUGCCGACUACAUGCGUCUGUUAGCAGAAGAGGAUGAUGAAGGCUACAAGAGACAGUUCUCUAAGUACAUCAAACUGGGCGUUAAUGCUGAUAGUGUUGAAGCGAUGUAUAAGAGUACUCAUGCUGCUAUACGUGCUGAUCCGGCCGCCAAGACGAAGGAGACGAAAGACUUCAAGCAUAAGAGGUUCAAUCGCAAGAAGAUGUCAAAUCAACAACGCAAAGACCGCGUACGGCAGAAACAGCAGGCUUUCCUGAAGGCUGCAGGAGCAGACGACGAAUAAGCCAGCCAUAAUACUAUACUACAGGAUCUAAUUCCUAAUAAAAUCCAAUUAAUUCAAA